AUGUCAUUCGUUCUUUCCGGCAUGCCAUGGCACAAGGGCGAGGAGAAAAUGCACCAACUGACCAGGACGGAGAAUCAAGAGAACCCAAGCUCCCCUUAUCUCGUUCCGGGAGCAGCUCAAAUGUUGCAGAGGGCACCAUUGCUUGCGCUUGGCACUAUCGAUGAAACUGGAAGACCGUGGGCUACCGUAUGGGGAGGAGAGACUCCGCUUGCUCAGCCUGUAGCACAGUCGAUCAUUGGCAUACGCACGACGGUGGACAGUAGAUCUGAUCCAGUGGUAGAUCUGCUCUAUGGCGGCAAAGACGAUGGUGAAGUUGUCAAGGAACAAGGCGCUGGGAGGAUGGUCUCUGCCCUGUCCAUCAACCUUGAGAAAAGGAAAAGAUUGAAGUUGUACGGUAGAAUGGUUGCCGGAGCGUUGGCUCGAAUUGGCCCAGAAACCGACCAGGACUCUGCCGGCCCCGUCGGAGAGGUUCAACUGGUGGUGAAGAUCGAGCAGAGUCUCUACAAUUGUCCGAAGUACCUCAAUUGCAAGCGCAUCUACCCUGUGCUUCCCGAGCCAACACUCAUCUCCGACUCUCGGAUACUUCCUCGGCAAGCAUUAGAACUCAUCGCCAAAGCGGACACCCUUUUCGUCUCUUCAUGUGACCACGACAAAGACAUGGAUAUGAACAUCCGUGGGGGAUCUCCUGGCUUUGUGCGGGUCCAAUCUAAUGGCGACUCAGGAACUGUCCUGGUGUGGCCGGAAUACUCAGGCAACAACCUAUAUCAGACACUCGGUAAUUUUCAGACCUCUCCCAAAGCAGGACUCGUCUUUCCCGACUUCGAUACCGGGGAUGUGCUUUACGUCACUGGUGAUACAGAAGUUCUCAUCGGCAAGGACGCUGGCGCAGUUAUCCCUCGUUCUAAUCUAGCAGUCAAACUCUUCCUCACAGGCACUCGCUUCGUGCAGAAAGGCCUUCCAUUUCGUGGAGAGAGCCUAGAAAGGUCGCCAUAUAACCCUAGCGUGCGCUUCCUGGCCAGCGAAAAACAUCUGCCCGAAACACAGAAGACAGGCGAUAACUCAGUCACGGCAAAACUAAUCAAGAAGGAAACACUAACGCCAACAAUCCAUCGAUAUCGCUUCAGCAUCUCCGAUCCCCUCGCUUCAGGCCCAUGGAAGCCAGGCCAAUACGUCGCUCUCUCCUUUCAUGACGAACUUGACAUGGGCUACAGUCACAUGCGAGAUGACGACCCUCGGAGCCUGAACGACGAUUACCUGCGCACCUUCACCGUUUCUUCACGGCCAGGCGAAGGAAUCCACGGCGAAGAAUUCGAGAUCACCGUGCGAAAGGUCGGCAAUGUCACUCGGUAUCUCUCCAUGCAGAGCGAGCGAUCUGGCCUCGAAGUGCCCCUUCGUGGUUUCGGAGGGGAGCUCCGACUGCAACAGAACCCAGGCGGGAUGAUCGCGUUCGUUGCUGGCGGUAUAGGUGUCACCCCGCUGCUAGCGCAGUUAGAAGAUAUCGAUAUAUCACGGCUGCGACUGUUCUGGUCACUGCAUGUAAGCGAUAUUGGACUCGUCUACGAUACCUUCCAACACCAUGCUUCGUUGCCCAAAUCCUGUGUCCUGUAUCUGUCAGGGCAGAUAGCGGACAUCCGAGAAGAGGACCUUCCGAAAAAGGAAAUGAUUUUCAAUUCCGGCGCCAGCAUUGAGCAGAGACGUGUGCAGGCGAAUGACCUUACCUCUGUCGACGCGGAAGCCUGGUACCUAUGUACUGGUGUGGGGCUGAGGAAGGAGAUCUUGGACUGGUUGGCAGGCAAGACGGUACAUUACGAGGACUUCAACUACUGA